UGGCUAGCAAGAGCUAGGAGCUCGUGCUGAUAACGUGUUGUAGAAUGAACAUAAAUUAACAGAGAGAGGGAGGGAGUUUAGAUGCAGAGAAUGGAGUAGAUUGUGUGUUAUUCUUCUCUCAAAGGAGGGUUUAUAUAGGAGUACAAGAUAGUGCGAAUGCUAUAGGAAUAAGUCCAUUGUUGUGGCUACAUUAAUUACAGCUGCAACUCCCCAUGGUGACUGCAAUGGUGGUUGCUGCCAUGCUUGUUGCUUCCCCACAUGCUUUAUGCCACACAAGUCUUCAUACCUAUAUCUAUACACUCAAGUAUCUAUUUACAUGAUAUAGCCAUUAUACUACAACAUGCCUGAGCUCGUUCAUGAAUAUGGGUUCGCCGUCGAACUAAAAUAUUGCGUUGUUUCAUAUUAAAGAUUUAAAGAUGUAAGAAACGGGACCAAGCCCGCUUUUGUCUGCUCUAUAUAAUGACUGACACGAGCUGAGUAUCCGAACAGAAAAUUGCUCUGCCGGCUGUCGUCCGGUGAAUUGUGCUCUGCUCUCCGAUCAUCACCCUGAAAAUAUGAUAGGAGACGACGAACUCGGCCUAGUCCUGAGCCGGGUAACCGAGCCAGCUGAUAGAAAAUCGGCCUCUCAGGUCUGCAAGCGAUGGUGGGUAAUGGAGGGUCUGAGCCGAUCGUCACUCCGAGUUCUCAACAUGGAUCAUCUUCCUCGAUUACUGCCUAGGUAUCCAAACUUAGCCACAUUCGAAACACCCAAGCGAAUGAGCAAUGCCGAUCUCGCAUUGGUGGCCCAAUCAUGCCCCAAACUGGAGGCCUUCAAACUUGGUCCGACUAUUGCGGAAAUUGAAAUGCAAGACAUCCGCGCACUGGUACGAUAUGAAUUAGAAUUAGCAUCUCUGUUGAUGAAGUAAGGGAGAUAUUACGGGUGGUUCAUCAAGUUGGGGACCAAGGUUUGUGCGCUUUGGCAAAUGGGUGUCCCAAAUUGUCUGAGAUUGUGCUUAAGAGGAGAAGGGUUGGGAUGGUUGGAAUCAUGGCCAUGAUCACUUCAGCAGCACAUCACUUGACUCAUUUGGAUUUGGAACAUUGUUCUUCUGUUUCGGACCAAGCCCUUGAAGCAAUUGGGUCCUCUGCUUGUCCCAUUCGCGUUUUGAAUUUGAAAGGUUGCUCCAUUACUGGAGCCGGAUUGAGAUUUUUGGCAAAUGGGUGUUGCUCAAAAACCAUCGACCAAUUGAACCUUGCGUACUGCCCUGGAAUCAAUAAUGACGGGGUCUUGCUUUUGUGCAAGAUGCGUGUCUUGGAGGAGCUGGAUUUGUCGUUCUGUAGCGAGCUAACUGAUGUUGGAGGACAGGCAAUCUCUGCAAUUCAAACCCUCAAGAAGUUGAACUUGGCCUGUGUAUUCUCCCUGACAGAAAAAACUAUUGUAGCUCUUGCUAAGAAUUGCAUAAACUUGGAGAUGCUUAAUCUACGUGGUGGUUUAGGGGUUACUACAGCUGCUAUUGAUGCAUUUUUGGGUCACAAAUGCUUGCAAUCCCUUAAUCUAAUUGGUUGUUUGUUUGAUGAUGUUAGAGGAUCUGCAUUAGAAAGCCUAGCGCUUCAAUGCCUUUCAUUCAAGUCAAUUGUGGUGAAUGAAAAAUGGAGAGAUAGGCUGUUGCAGGAAAUGCAAGAGAAUACUGUUAGCAGAUUCCUGCAAUUCAAAAACUGAUGAAAGUUUGGGUUUGCGCUUUUCUGUUUCACGGGGCUUAGCAACUUGCAUAGUUUGAUUGAUCUGUUUAACAGUAUUAGCAUUUUAUCUGUGUUGGAGCUUUAAAAGACCUAGAGAUGAUGCAGUGCUACUGAACAAUACGUAGUUUGUUAGGAAUGCUAGAAACUGGUUGAGCUUUAACUAUACAUAUGAAACUUCAUCUGCUAUUCAAUGAUUUCGAUCCAAUGCGUGCUUUUACUAGUUUCAACUUAUCCUCUUCCUAGUUCAUUCCAUUAUUAGCCGCAGCAAUUUCUUUCAUGGGAUGACCUCUUAUUAUCUGUUUCGAUUCCUAAAUGAAUUCUUACUUUGCAAAUUAGUGUACAAGUUUGAUUGGUGCUUUUGCAGUUCUAAUCAUCUAGGGGUUUCAAAUUGAUCCAAUUCUUAAUAUUUG